GGGGAUAAGGCGACGACGCUCACCCCGCGCUGCUUGACUCCCUCCCUUCAUCUUCCAUCAGUCCAUAAGACUGUUUGUGUUAUUUUGUUCAUGACAAGCCGUUAGUAGGUGACAUGCCAUAAGACUGCUUGUGUUACUUUGUGAUACGUUCUGGGACUAAGAAAUAUGGACGUGGUUUGUCCAAUAUGUGGUGCUUCUUUCUCUUCUUCAGAGAUUGAAAUUCACGCAGAAGCUUGCAUCCAGGAGAGGUUUAACAGCAGCACUGAGAGUGCACAUCAAGGCCAGAAAACUGAUGUCAGUUCUUCUCUUUGCGAAAAUAAGAGGAAGCGCACUGAAUCAAAGGAAGAUAACUCUGCGAAUGAGACCAGUUCUCCAAGCCACAUAACUAAAACAUCAUUACCAUCAAGCAUCAAGAAAUCUCGCAAAGAGCAAGCUAAAGCCUGGAGCUUCCUUGGAAAUUCAGGCCGAAGCAUUACAAGCUCAGGACAGCAUAAGGACCAGAGAGCCAGACAAAACAAGGGUGAUUAUGUAUCGCAAGAUGGUGCUUCUUCAUCUAAUAAUGAAGAUACACUACCUGUUGCCACUCAGUAUUCUGAGCAGAAGUCCGACAAUAACGGAGUGCCACUCGCAGAGAAGAUGAGACCUGUGACAUUAGACAACUAUAUUGGGCAAGACUCUAUCCUACAUAGCAAUUCUUUUCUCAAGACAUUGAUCGUGCAAGAUAAUUUCAUCAAUAUGAUUCUAUGGGGUCCUCCAGGAUGUGGAAAGACUUCAUUAGCUAACAUUAUCCACGAACGUUGUCGAGGAUCAGAGAAAUGGCGAUACGCCUCCCUCUCGGCUUGUACAUCGGGGGUUCAAGAUGUGAGGAGUGUUGUCCGUGAGGCACAGGGAGCCUUGCAAUUGAGAAAGAAGCGAACUGUUCUGUUCAUGGAUGAAGUACAUAGGUUCAAUAAAGCACAGCAGGACAUCUUCCUGCCACAUGUUGAAAAUGGCUUGCUUACUCUGAUUGGUGCCACAACAGAAAAUCCAUCAUUUACACUUAACUCUGCUUUGCUGUCAAGGUGUCGAGUAAUUACUUUAGAUGCCCUCAGUCCAAGGAGCAUCAGGAGAAUCUUAAAGAGGGCUCUUACAAAAUUAAAUAUUGCUGUUGAGAGAGAGGCAAAUAUGAAUAUUGAAAAUGGAACAAAAUUAGAUCAAGAAGAAAGUGAAAAUGAUGAAGAGGAGGAGGAGGAAGACUCUGAAUGUGAAGCAACAGAUGGUGAAACCAAAAGCACUGUGAGAAUAAGCCAAGAAGCUGUGCACUGGUUGUCCGAGAUGAGUGGAGGGGAUGCUCGCUGUGCUCUCAGUACUCUGCAGAUACUGCUAGAAUCUCAUAACAAUGGACUUAUUACUAUUUGCAAUGCAAAAGAAGCACUACAGAGAAGCCAUGUGUUGUAUGAUCGGAAAGGUGAUGAGCACUAUAAUUUUGCCUCGGCAUUACAGAAGUCUAUUAGAGGUGGUGAUGACAAUGCUGCUCUCUACUGGACCAUGCGUAUGAUCAAAGGAGGAGAGGAUCCCCGAUUUAUUGCUCGUAGGCUUGUCAGGACAGCUGCUGAAGACAUUGGUCUUGGGACGCCUGAAGCACUCACCUGUGCUGUGUCAACAAUGCAAGCUGUGCAGAUGUUGGGGAUGCCAGAAUCGGAUGUUAUACUGGCUCAGUGUGCUGUUUACCUUGCCAGAGCACAUCACAACCCCGAGGUAUAUUUAGCAAUGAAUCGUGUCGAAGAACAUAUAAAAAACCACGUUGGACCCUUGCCAUCUGUGCCGCUUCAUCUGAGAAAUGCUCCUACUGCACUCAUGAAGAAUCUAGGAUAUGGACGUGGUUAUUCAGCUGCUCCUCAGGCUGUGAAAAAAAUAGAGUAUAUGCCAGAAACUAUAAGAAAUGUUAGGUUUUUUGAUUAAAAAGUUUUUAUUGAUAUUUUCCCCUACUAACACAUUGUCAGUCAAGUCUGCUCAUUAAGUAAUACCUGUGCAUAACAGUACAUUACAAAAGACGUGAAAUUGUAAUUAAAGUCUUGGUGUGUAUGUACAUAGUACAUAAUAUUUUUAGCAUAUACUGUACCAGGUAUUUUUGUAUACACAUUUAUGCAGAUGUACAUUAAAACAAGGCAGAACACAAACUCACAUCUGCAGCCUUGUAUUUUUGUAUUGUUAUACCUUAUGCAAAUAAAGUAUUAAUAAAAAAGAUUUUAAUCUGCU